UCCGCUCUAAAUUAUCAAUCACAUCCUCAAGGCGAUCGAGGACCUCCUCGAUAGAAAGUUCGACGAGAAGCUACGGCCCAUGAAAUCAAGCCUCAAAGAUCUAUCCUCACAACUGGCGGAGGCUGUGAACUCGCUUGCUUUUCUGCACGACCAAUGUGAUAUACUAACCAAAAAAGUGAAGUUUCUUGAGUCAAGGAACACAAGUCUCGAAACGGAGAACAAGCUAAUUAAAGUGGAACUCAACAAAAUGGCGGGAGAUUUGAAUACUACGAAGAAGUCCCUCGACGUGUUCUACGGAGAACACGAACGACGUAGUAAAAGAGGUAGGAGAGCUAAUGGAAUCGAAAUCUUAGAAGAAGACAUAAGCAUAAGCCACAGGCUACCGGCUCCGAGACCGAAUCCCAACCAGCGCCCAGCUAAGCCAGGAGUACAUGUUAACACGCCGACUGACAUCAAUUAUUGUCAAAUUUGCACGCAGAGAUGUUCGAGACCGAUUUUAUGCCGGUCGGAAACAUCUCCGAGAUAAAUCCGUACGGGACAUUGGUCUCACGCGGUCCGAUAACAAGAUCUACAUUUCGGAAAGUUCGAGUCCAGGCAACAGGGAGUUCAAGGCGGCGUUAAGCGCCAGGAAUGAUCUGAAGUUCAAGUACAUUUGGACGCAAAAUGGAAAAGUGUUCCUGAGGAAAAAUAACGACAGCUAAGCUGUGCUGAUCAGUAAAUCACAGGAUUUACUCCACCUCAAGCAACGAGAAGACCACGAUUCACAAGAGGUAGAGUCAGCAAACUUUUAAGUUUGCCUGUUAAAACAGGCACGUAAGUCUAGUACGUAUUGAUGUCUAAUUUAAAUGAAGAUUCCUGUCGAACCUGUCGACAGUCACUCAAGAAGGGCGAUAGAGCUAUUGAAUGUGACCAGUGCAUAUGUUGGUUUCACCUAAAAUGCACAUGCUCAUCGGUCAAAGAAUUUAGAUAUAUAUCGAAAACAAAUGAAUUUUGGUUAUGUGAAUCGUGCCGCUCAGAAACUUUUCCAUUCAAUAUGUUAACUAAGCCUGAACUUCUUGAUUUAUCAUACAAUUCGAAUUCUAGCUGUCUCUGCUGUAAGAGCUUAUCAAUUGACUAUUUAAAAGAACUACCGAGAUUUGAGAUCUUGUCAAAAUUAGGCAACAAAACUAAUAAUUUCCCUACUCCUUCCAACGAAGACUCCUCAGACAGUUUACCCUGUGGAGUAAACUUUAAAUACCAUUCAGCCCAUGAUUUUCAUAGUAGUACCGAAAUUAAUCAAUCAAUUUGCCACAAUACAUUUUCGGUUAUGCAUUGUAACAUCAAAAGCCUAUCUGCUAAUUUUGAUAACUUUCACUCAUUGUUAGCCGAGCUGAAGCACCCGUUUAAUGUCAUUGGGCUCUCCGAAAUCAAGUACAAUAAGGACUGUGUUUACAGUACAUUAAAUAUGGAGCUAGAAGGCUAUGAUUUUAUUUUUGAACCAAGUAAUACGGAGGCAGGCGGAGUAGGUUUCUAUAUACAAAAUAACCUCUCCUACAACAUUCGCUCAGACCUUUCCUCCUCUUUCCUCCAUGAGAUAAUUUAGAUAUAAAUCGAAAACAAAAAAAAUCAAAACACUUUAUGAGGUGUUGCUUACCGACACCCCAAUUCAAAAAUAGAAAACUUUACAAAUAACACGCUUAACGAAACCAUCGAUGAGAUAAAUAAGGAAAAUAAGAUUUGCAUACUAAUGGAUAUAUGAAUAUUAACGCAUUGAAUUGUAGCUCAGAUAAGGCCACGGAUGAUUUUAUAAAUGCAAUAUGGCAUCCUACUCAUUUCAACAACACAAUUCUCCAACCUACCCGCAUCACUAAUCACUCUGCAACGCUUAUUGAUCACAUUUUCUUUAACUCUUUUCAACAUAACACCAUUAGCGGGAAUAUUGUUUAUGAUUUGACGGAUCAUCUACCGAAUUUUUUGAUAAUUAACAAAUUUACUGAACUCCCUCGUAGAUUCAAAUUAUUCCGCCGGGAUUACUCUCAUAAUGACGAGUCCGCGGUAGUACAUGAUAUGCAGGCCAUAAACUGGGAGCAUUGUUUUUCGCACUGUAAAGACGUAAACGACUACUUUGACUCUUUCUACGCUUCGGUAGAAAGGAUUAUUGACAAACACGCCAUCAGACGACAUGGUCGCCACCAAUUAACCCACUCACAUCUUCACCUGUAACCCAUACUAUCACCUUAUUCUUGGCCAUACAUUCCUUCCUUCCUUUUGUCUUUUAGUGUUUCCGCUCUGCUUGUACCAGCUUGUAUUCUUGUCGUAUCCUUGUUGUAUCCUUGUCGUGUCUCUAUAUCUGUGUUUUUCUCGUACGUUCUUGCUUGUGCACACAGCCUCUAGAUCUCCAAACUAGGAUUUUUCCCUAACAUUUAAGUGCACCCUAGCCCGUUUAGCUCUCAAGCUAUUCUAGGGUGCCCGCACCGAAGCAUUUUCCCCACUUGGUAUGCAACUCUAGGUUUUUUUUUCUCUCCUCUCCCUCUCAAUAUAUAUCUAUAUAUAUGAAUAUAAAAAGAAAAAGAAGAAAAAGAAGAGUAAUAUUAUAUCUCUAAUGAAAAAAAAAAAAAACAACCUAUGUAACACUUAAUUUUGUGUGCAAAUAAAAAAAGAUUUUUUUUUCUGAAAAAAAAGAGAUCUGUUUUUUUUCCGUAAGCGCUUAAAAUAAGUUCCCUUUUGUUGCUGUUAUUUUGCCGCUAAAAGGCUGAGCGCGCGCUAGUUUGCCGCCCAAACAGUCUAGUGAUCUCUUAGCGCAAGUCCCCUAUCAGGGGAAGCUGAUUACUUGUGAGCCUCUGCCCCAACGUAUGAGCUCCUGGUUCAAGAAACUAAAUCGCAUACGAUACUAAAAAGCAGUAGAAAUGCAUGCAACCAAAACCAGGGAGAAAAUGCCGCCAUGCUGCCAAACUAAAACGAGGCACCCAUUUCAUAUGUUGUUUUUGAUGAUGGUCUCCCUGUGGUGCACAUCAAUCGUCAACUCGCUCAGCGGCGCUACUUUCAGGAGCAAAACACGGCAAAAAACAUGGCCGCCGCCGACGGCGAAGAAACACCUGAAGAACGGGAGAAAUCCCAGAAAAGGGUAGCUGACGUCUGUGGCUUAUGGCAACUUCUCUCGGAUUCGGGGGCUCAUACAAGUGCUCUAAGUUCAGAUGUUAUUGAGUGUGUGUUUAAAACAUUGGAUAAAGAUGACAUUUUACCUCAGUCAAGCCAAUGCGACGACCAACAAACCAACAACUCUGAACUAUUUGAUUUAGCUGUUAAAUGUUUCAUCAAAGUUGUUCAACUUGUACAGCAAGCAUCAAAACCACAAGAGUGUCAGCUAGACACCCCAAGUCUGAUAAUGAAGUUUCUGGCGUGUCUUGGCACAUGCACUUCUCAUCACUCUAUUACAAGGGUUUCUUCUCUGCUAGGUGUGAUUCCACAAUUGUUGGCUGAUGAGCCAAUUCUACAGGCAAUAUUUGUAGGCGUUGGAUGCUUUGAGAGCAUGACAGCGGUUCUUGCUUCACUGCCUGAAGAAGAAGAAGACCAGAAUCGUUUAUGCAAGAGUUGCAUUUAUGCCUUAUCAUCCAUCACAAGUGGAUCACAUGCAGCCAAGGAAGUCUUCAAGGCCUCGGUUGGGUAUGACAAGAUAUGUAAUUACCUGAAAAAGUUGAGGCGACCAACCAAUGCCUGUGUAAUCACCUUACUGGACUGGGCUGUGGAGGGAGACUAUCUAGGGGGUGACCUCGUCAUCACCAAUGUUGAUGUCAUUCUCUUAUUACUGCAAUGGUUGGAAACUGUUGAUGUCAGUGUACAAUGCUUUGCAAGUGAGCACAUCCGUCGGUUGUGUCAAACAUCCACCCACAAUGCCAUGUUGUGUAGUGUAAGCGGUGUGUUUACCAAGAUCUUACAGCUCCUUGACAAAUGGCACCGGACUAUAAGUGACAAGUGGGCAGAGUCACUCAUUGGCAUAUUAGAGGACCUUGGUUAUCAUUCAGUCAGUGCGUCAGAGCUGAAGCAGCUGAUCAGCUUGUUCCGACCUUUUGACGAUGACACCCAGGUCAAAUUUACCCGAAGACUUCUGAAGGCACUGGUCAAAAUGUCUUGUGGUGGAGGGAAAAACCGAGCAAAGUACUACUUUGACCUGCACGAAACAUCAGCUCGCAUCCGUGUGCCAAGUAUCACCAAGUGGCCGGGUUCUGGGUUCACCUUCCAUGCCUGGGUAUGUCUUGAGCCUGACAGCGCUCGACAGAGGAAGCCUAAUGCUCCACCACUCUCCGUAGAUCGCCGGCUAUUGUACAGCUUUUUCUCAGCUUCAGGCACCGGCGUGGAGGCGUUUCUCACACAUGAUGGGACUCUCGUGGUUGCUAGCAGCAACAAGAGAGAAUAUCACUCGGUCAUGGUCCCAGACUGCAAUUUGACGGAUCGACAGUGGCACGCAUUAGGUAUAUCAUAUACUUCUUCACGACGGCCGUUUGGACAAAGCUCUGUUGCUGUCUAUCUGGACGGGGUCUCUAAGAUCGUAUCACCCUUGAAGAUUUCGUCAUUCUCUGAGGAGCUGUGCAAUUGCCUGAUAGGAUCUGGUCACCCUGUGGCGGACUCACACCCGCCCUCACCCCACCCUGUGUCAUCCAAGCCUGGUUUGAGGUUCCCGUUCACGCGGACAGGGAGUCUGGAUGUGCAAGGCGGUGGUGACCAUUGCUCGUCAAUAGGGGCCUGGACCCAGGAUAUUGUGUGGGGCGCACCGCGCUCACUGCAGGGCCAGCUUGGAUCAGUAUCGGUAUUUAGCGAAGGUCUGGCCGAGUCUUUCAUCUCUGCUCUUUAUAAUGCGGGUCCUAAUGAUCUUGGGAUAUUCCAGCCAACGGAUGUGUCUGGCUCAUCACAGUGCAGUCUACCUGAACUUUCCACUAAACUUGUGCUUUACUAUAGCGCUAAGGCUGGGCAAGAUGUCAUGUGUAGUGAUUUGACGCCACCUUUACCAGGCAGGGCCUCGCUACCAGGCAGGCUGACAGGCUAUAGAUGUGUCCGGUGGAAUAUGAAGGAUGUCAUUCAAGCGAUCGGCGGAGUAGAAAUUUUUCUUCCACUAUUUGACGAACUUCGCUUUCAGAGUGGUGACGAGAUGAAUAGUAAAGCGUUUAAUCUGGCUGGUUCGAUAUCCAGCGAGACGCCUUCCUCUUGUGACAUCCAAAUAGUAAUUCAAGAGCCAGAUACAAUAACGACAGCAUCAAGUGGAAGCUCUCCUACUGCACAAAAUGAGUGCGUCUCGGACUGCGCCGAUAGCGCGAGUGGAAUCACAAAUAACAACGGACAAACUACAAAUAGAGUGAUAGGUACUUUACAACGAGACAAUGGAAUUAGGAAUAAUCAUACUUCAUCGGGAACUUCUCACUCGGAAGCUGUCUUAGACACAAAGACUAAUUUAGCCACUACAAAUAGUGAAAAACAAUUACAAUCUUGUUUGGAGGAAAAGCGAAACAAUGUCGAUGAAUGCAAACCCGAGAAGGAGUCGGACGUCGUCGAACAACCAAAUGAUUUCAACGAGGACUGGACGAUAGUGAAUCGUCAAUUCGGAGACGCGUCGGACUUCCAAGCGGUGAUCUGCCGACUGUGCGAGCUUCCUGACUGCAGCGACAUCUCGCUGUUGAUGUACCUCAUCAUCAGUAUAUUCAAGGAUGAUGACGUCACGGAGUCAGUCUACGCGCGCCGGCUGCCAUACCUUGCGCACCUACUUGAGUCACGUGACCCUCGCUUGAUUGACGUCCAUGUUCUAAAGGCCUUGCAGGCCAUGGUGGAGUGUCUCAUGAACGAGUCCCUUCUAAGACAAAUUUAUCACCAUUUGGUGUUCAACUUCCGUAUCUGGACGUUGUGCGCAUUCGAUGCCCGUAUAGGCCACAUACAAUAUUUGUCGACCAUUGUCAAGGACAAUCCGCGCUAUUUCCGUGAGUCGUACGGCGUAAGGUUUUUCCUGGACAUCAUUCGCAUGUAUUAUGUAGGACCGGGCGAGUCCUUAUGUACUGCCGCUGAUUUGAAGCGUGCGGGCGCGCUGGAGUUGUCGGAAGUGGAAGUACGGAUGAUAAGGGCGUCAUUGCUUGGUCUGGUGAAGUUCUACCUUCAGCAGAAUCCGAGUAAAGAGGAGGCGACAUAUCUAGUGGAUUACCUGCACAGUGUGCAAGACCCUGAGCUCGUGAACGAGCUCCUCGACCAGAUCAUCGCUCUGCUUACAAAAACACCAAAGAUGGUGAAACGGCUCUCAGAGCCAGGGCAUGUAUGUGUGUUCGUCUCCCUUUUGCUGAAUCACAAAGCCGAACACGUGCGUCUCAAGAUCUUCAAAGUCAUGGCAACCAUCGUGACGUCACACCAGGUCCCGGAUGCCAACAAAGGUCCUUGGCGCCUGCAGGAUUCAGGGAUCGAUGUGCUCACGAGAGCUCUACACGGGGAAGCUUCGGAGCGGAUCAUCACAGGACUGCUGGAAUUAGGAGUGUCUAAUGUUUUAAAGUCUAAAGGCAUUCACGUGUAUGGGUACUACCAGGUCGUGCUGACGGUGGUCGAUAUGGUCAAGUCGAUGGAGUUACCCGCCAAGCUCCUCAUAAGUCAGAUGAUACUUCGGUCACUUGACACUAGUCGCGAAAGCCAUACAGCCUUAGCAAGCGAGCCCGGCUGGUACGACUCGCUUCUCAGACUACUGGUCCUUCGCUCACGUGACGAAAUUCAAGCCAAUCAGAGCGCGGCAUCACCGUCAUGCGAUGAAGAGCCCACCAAUCAAGAAGCUUCUUCAUUAUCAAGCGAUCUUAUUGACACUGUCUUGGAAAUUGUUUUUCGUGUUUUGUGGCGUGGCAUCCAAGGACACGACGAGAAGGCUUGGAAGGAGCGCGGACAGGCAAUGGCCUCCAUCAGCACCAUCGCCUCGACUCAUGUCUUCCUUAUCCCCUCCCGCGCGCUGGAGCGUACCCUCCUGGAGCUGUGCCUGCAGGGUGAGGUAGUGGACAUCCGGAGCUCCGGACAGACGGGCGCGUCCGAGACUGAAAACGCGCUGAUGAUCAUGAGACUUGUGGAGGAUUUCCUGUUCACUCCAGAAUCUUUUACUGGCGAGAAAAUCGACGAAGAGCACAGCUGGAGUGUCAAGUUGGUCGAGCAAGUCGCAGAUCUGCUUGAGGCGCUGAAUGUCUGGUCAGCGGAUGAUAGCGAAGAGCAUGUGGAGUGGCAAGAGAUGGCACAGAUCGGCGUACGCAUUUUGCUUGGAUCUAUUGCGCACGUGCAGACUGAGCUCUGCGCCACGGCCUCGUCCAAGCUUAGCGCACUUCUAAAGGCUCGUACGAUGACGUCACAGCUUGAAGUCUGUUUCGUCCUCGGAAGUCUGUACAAGGCGUUUCUCGCCUCCAAGGAAAAAGAGGGCUGUCGUAACUUCACCUUCAUCAUUCCCGUCAUCCGUAUCGUGCUUCUGAAGUACCGUGAGCAGUUACCGCUGACUAUAUACGUCCCCGAGUUCUCUGCCCCAGACCGCAUGCAUCCAAAGUUUGACGAGGAGUUCCUGGAGCUGGCGGAGACAGAUGAGUUCAAGGCUCUGAUGCGCCAGCAGAUUCUCCCUGGAAUCAAGCAGUUCGAAGCCAAAUUUGAGAACAGCUCCGUUCUUUCUGGACGCUUCUGGAUGCAGUGUCUGACCGCCCUGCAAUCGAGCCUGAAGCAACGUGACCAACUGUCAGCUGAUGGUAGAGAGAGGUUUGCGCGCCAAGUGACCAAAGCAGCACAGGAGUUGCGCACUAAAUUACAAGAGCGCGAUAAGGGUCUGCUACGAGCACGGUCGCAGCAAAGUGCGCGUAAUGCCAUCGACUGGUUACUUACCAAAAGGAGGCUAACAUCAGAGAGGGCGCCUUGGGCAUAUCGUACCCCCGAGGAAGUUCACUGGAAGCUUUCCACGGAGGAGACUUUUCAACGCAUGCGCCUGAGAAUGACUCAAAACCUGAAUUAUUCUUACCACAUGGAGGCGAGCAACGCACGUGAUAACAAGUCUGACGAGAAUCUAGAUGGCGACACACUCAGUCAAUCAGUCCCUCUGAGGGUAGCUCGUGAGGCUGUCGUGAUGCGAUCCCUGGAGGCUGAUGAGGACGAGGAGCUUACAGCUUCUAACAACUCUGUCAGUCCACCUAUGAGCCCGCCCAAAAAUCGCGCAAGUGUAGUCGAGAAAGUCGUUCUUGAAGUUGACUGCGAGCUCGUGACACUGAUGGACGUCAUGCCCGGAAAACUUAAGGUCUCUACUACGCAUGUGUACUUCACAGCCAAUAGGAGCUCAGAUGCGUGGGAUUUGACUACUGUCUAUGAGUUCACGUGGGCGUUGGCCGAGUUAAGGGAGGUCCACCUACGAAGACACAAUUUGCGGCGAAGUGCGCUCGAGUUCUUCUUAGUAGAUCAGACAAACUACUUCAUCAACUGCAGCAAAAAGGCCCGCAACACGGUGUACAAAAAGAUCAUGUCGCUGCGUCCGCCCAACCUGUACUACAUGGGUGCACGCUCGCCCGCUCAGCUCCUGAAGGCAUCGGGGCUGACGGAGCGAUGGGUCAAGAGGGAAAUAUCCAACUUCGAGUACCUGAUGCAGCUAAACACGAUCGCGGGUCGCACUUACAAUGAUUUGAGCCAGUAUCCGGUCUUCCCAUGGGUAUUGGUGGAUUACGAGUCCAAAGACCUAGACCUUAGUAACCGGGCAGUAUACAGAGACCUAUCUAAGCCAAUCGGAGUGCUCAACCCUGCAAGAGUUAAAGAAGUCGAGGACAGGUACAAGCAUUUCGAAGACCCAACAGGCACGAUCGCUAAGUUCCAUUACGGCACCCACUACUCGAACUCAGCCAGUGUGUUGUUCUACUUGCUUCGCGUCGAACCCUUUACCACACUGCAUGUCGCACUGCACAGCGGCCGCUUCGACUGUGCCGACAGACAAUUCCACAGUAUACCCGCGCUCUGGGACUCGCUCUUCAACAAGGCCUCUGACGUCAAAGAGCUUGUACCAGAGUUCUUCUACUUCCCAGAAUUCCUCGAGAACUUGAAUGGGUUCGACCUGGGUCGCUUGCAGGGUGGUGCACGUGUGGAUCACGUAACUUUGCCUCCUUGGGCACGGACGCCGGAAGAGUUUGUGCACAAGCACCGCCAAGCGCUGGAGUCUGAGUAUGUGUCUACGCAUCUGCACGAUUGGAUCGACCUGAUCUUUGGCUACAAGCAGCGCGGAGAGAAAGCGGUAGAGGCUCACAAUGUCUUCUAUUACUGCACAUACGAAGGGGCAGUAGAUCUGGACGCCAUCACGAACGAAGCCGAGAGAAUCGCCACCGAGGGUAUGAUCAACAACUUCGGUCAGACGCCAUCUCAACUCCUUACAACCCCACACCCAGUGCGCAUGACUCAAGCAGAUGCCGCUGCUCACAAGCAGAAGGCCCUAGAGAUCGCUGGCACUUCAAAACCGCUGGCCAAUGUAUUCGAACAUGUGGAUAAACUGAAGGCUUACUUCGUCGUGGUGACAGAUAGUUGCGAUCCCCUGGUGUUUGCUGCUGUCCCGAGAGUGCAGGCUCGCCUUCUUAUCCACCAUGGCAUGCCGGACUGCAUGGUGACGGUCACCCGUAGCGGAAUUCUGGGAAAUCAGGACUGGUUACCAUACUCCAAAACCAAAUCACGGCCGUUUACGUUCGAGCUCGACCCAGCACUCUCAUCAGUAAAACUAAGGCGAACCGUCGCUGGGCCGUUCAGUCCAGACGUAACCGUGACGUCACGCCACUUCGCUAUGAGCCAGGACGCGCGGCUGAUCAUCACUGCGGGACACUGGGACAAUACUAUACGGGUAUUUUCUAUCAAAGGAAAACUGCAGUCUCGAAUAACGGCACAUUCAGAUACGGUCACGUGUCUGUCGAUAGACCGUGACGGCCACCACCUGAUGACCGGGUCACGUGACACCACAUGCCGCCUGUGGCUGGUUAGUCACGUGGGUGGCUGGGCGGCUGACGUCAACAAGAGCCCGCUGCAGACCUUAUACGGUCAUGACCAUGAGGUCACGUGUGUGGUGCUCAGUUGGGAACUGGAUAUGGCGGUCAGCGGUUCUCGAGACGGGACCUGCAUCGUUCACACAGCGCGUAAAGGACAGUAUCUGCGCACGCUAAGGCCCAUGGGUAAUGAACCAAGCUCGGCCCCUUGUCGUGUGACGUCACUGGGGCUAUCCGAGUUUGGCGGCAUUAUAGUGUCCAGUAAUACUCGCGAUGCGCGCGCUCUCACCCACUACUCAAUCAACGGACGCCUCCUCGCCCAGGAACGUGGGCUCAAGGAUGACGUAAUCGACAUUGAGAUUUGUGGGGAUUUUGUAGUAACCGGAGGGAAUUCUGGAAGGCUUGGAAUUCGAUCAUUACACAGUUUCAAGCAGCUGAGAAGCAUGAAUCUUCUUGUCCCAAUCACGAGCGUAUCAUUAGCCAAGGACAACACCCACAUCUUUGUCACCCUGUGUGACGGCAAGCUAAUCGUGAUUGCUGUUGACGUACCAGCCACGUGACGUGACAACAAUCACAUCUUUGUCACCCUGUAUGACGUGACAACACCCACAUCUUUGUCACCCUGUAUGACGUGACAACACCCACUUCAACCCCAAGCUGUGACUUGACGACACCCAUAUCUUCGUCACUGUGUGUGUGGAGUGACAAUAUCCACAUCUUCGUCAAGCUGUGUGACAACAGGCUGAUCAUGAUUGAUGUUUUAACGGGAGCAUUCCCGGGAACCCAGGACUCAUUACGCCGAGAUCCAUCCGCCGGAAAUUCCAUUUUAGCAGGCACGCAGUUAUUGACUUGGAAAAGCAAUAUUUCAAUUUACCAGGCGUAUCAUUGUAUUAGAGAAGGAGUUAUAUCUCUCGGAAAAUUCACCCAAUUUUAACUCACUCACUCGGGGAGAGCUCUAGACAAAAAAGCACAACACGUAAUGUAUCAAUAAUGCGACUCCAAAUGAUAAAAAGAAUGGAAUACUCCUAGGUCGUGCACUUAUAAUAAUCACAACGGAACAUAGUAUGUACCUAUCACUUGCAAGUAAUUCGCUCGGCUCUUGUGUAUAACUUCUCUCUAUAUACGAAAACAAGAAACAGUCCUAUUGAUCUUGGAAGGUAUUUUGCGUAAAAAAGAAAACGACCCCAAAAUGUUCUGCCUAAAUAUAUCGAUACCAAUUA